AGAGCGAGUUUAGUCUCUACGCAAACCUCACGGCGAUCAAUUCACGCAGUUUUCCAGACGAUUAUCAACUUUAUUGCUAUGCUGGCGGCAUCGAGGCUGCAGCUACUCUCCAUUGGAUUGCUGGCAGCUAUUAAUAUUGCGGCUGCUGCGCAAUUCAGCUAUGGAAACUGCGAGGAAAAGGACACCAAGGAAAAAGGUCUGUGCAUUCACAUACGCGACUGUCCGUUCCUCGAUGAGAUUCUCAAUAUAACAAAGCCAACGGCUGCCCAGCGUCAGCUGUUGGGCGACAGUCAAUGUGGCCUGGACAACACACGCCAUAGCGGUCUAGUGCAGCGGAUACUAGUCUGUUGUCCUGACAGUAAACGUGGCACGGCGAGCGCAGGUGCUGGCAGUGGUACCUCUGGGGAUAGUCUAUCUGGCGAUGAGCCAGAACCCGGCAAUGUUCUGCCCAGCAUUGGUAAAUGCGGCAUAUUGUUUGCCAAUCGCAUCCUUGGAGGCACUAAGGCAAAGCUCUAUGAAUUUCCGUGGAUGGCUUUGUUGAAGUAUAAAACGAAACAGAAAGAUGAGUACACUUUUAAUUGCGGUGGAGCAUUGAUCAACUCGCGCUAUGUCUUAACAGCUGGCCACUGCUUGGCAAGCAACAAAUUGGAUCAAUAUGGAUUAGAGUUACACAGUGUCCGUUUGGGUGAGUGGGACACUAGCACAGCUCCCGACUGUGAAACCGAACUGAACAAGAAAAAAACCUGUGCACCCUUGCACAUCGACGUCCUAAUUGAGAAGAAGAUCUUGCAUGAUUUGUACAUUCCUGAUGCCAUCGAUCAAAUGCAUGACAUUGCUCUGUUGCGGCUGAAGGAUCUGGUAAGAUUUACGGACUAUGUGAAGCCCAUUUGUCUACCGGUUGGAGAUGAUAUUCGUAACAACAAUUUCGUCGACUACGCAAUGGACGUGGCUGGCUGGGGUGCCACUGAAGAUGAUAAGCCCAGCAACAUAAAGCUGAAAAUUACCGUGGAUGUGUGGAAUCUUAAACCUUGCCAGGACAAAUAUCGUACAUAUCAAAUGCAUAUAAAUGGCUCGCAAUUAUGCGCUGGGGGUAAGAACAAUGUUGACACCUGUCGCGGUGAUUCCGGUGGCCCACUCAUGGUUCUCACCAAUGUGGCCGCAGAGGAAGUUUUCUUUGUGGCCGGCAUCACUUCAUAUGGACCUAUACCCUGCGGUCUACCAGGUUGGCCGGGUGUCUAUACGCGGGUUGGACAUUAUGUUGACUGGGUAAUACACAAUUUGGAGGCAUAAUCCAAUUAACGAUUUAAUAAAUAAAAUUUGAGAAUUUAUUAUUCAUA